GAUUACAGAUAAAACAUUAUAAAGCUGUAGUCAAAGGCAUAAGUAAAUUUUGAGUACAUACGCUUAUGAUGUAACAGUUGGAAACAGGACUUGCUUGUAAUGGAGUAUUUUUACAUCAUGGUAUUACUACUUUUACGCAAGAAGAGGCUCAGAAUAACUGGUUACUUUGCAGGAGAAACUAUUGCAUAAGAUUGGCAUAAUGUAGAAUAUCAUGCUCUGCAGCGUACACAUGCAUCAGAAAUUAUAACGCAAUAAUGUAAAAUAUCUCAAUACUUCUGCCACUACUGCAAUUAGCUGAGUAUUUAGUACCACAGGUGGACUUAACGUCCGUGUGCGGUGAAUAUAGUUGUACUACAAUAGUAUUUUCUCAGGGGUCGACGCAUGUGAGGAGUGUGUGGUCAUGUAAAGAGCUAACAUGGGUCUACUAGGUGGCGUCUCCCCACAGUGGGAUUAGCUGUCUUCUCUUUCAGCACUCCCUGAAUUCCACUCCGCCUUUUACUUUUUCGGCUGCGCUCCCUCUCUCUCACUCACUCUCUCUGCACAGGACUUCCCAGUGACUUUGCAAGACUGCAUUUAGCCCACAACCCAAAGUCCCAAGUUUCGGAGUGCAACUGGAGAAGAAGAAGCAAGUCUGGAGACCCUUCGAGUCGAUAUUUUGCGUCCCCUCCGCGAAAAACUAGCGCGAAAAAGGAUCCGGUUUACCUGUUGAUGAAGUCCCACCGGGUGUGGGACGCAGAGGAGCAGUCUGGUUUCUUCGCGGAGAAUAAAAGUCCGAAAAAGGUGCAGGCAACACACCACUCCAGUGGCCAGGAGGAGUGAAGGACCUCGGUUUUUCCUUUUUCCCCAGCAUUUGCAGCCUGUGCUGGGUUGGUGGAAAAUGGGCACUCCGACCACUUCGAUCUAUGGACUUAUCCUCUCGUUGAUACUCACAUGCCAACUGGUUUCUGUGACUCAGGCCUCCAAGGUGUGGGGAGAGGUCCCUGUGCCAGAGGACUUGGAGGCGGAGAAAGAUGUCCCAGCGUCUCACAGCUUACUGGAUGAUGACGAGGACUUUGCAGCUGAUGAAGCUUCAGGAGAUCUGCCCAGUGGAGAGGAUGAUGGAAGCACACCGUGGCCUCCAGUCACUGAGACCACAACACACUGGCUGGACUCCUCGCAUAUGGGAAACAUACAGAGCCCAGUCGAACCAGACUACAUUUAUUACAGAGCUCUCGUCAACUUCACCGACUCCCUCGUCUACAGCCCUGAGCUCGAGGACAUCUUCUCUCCAGCUUUUAAUGAGAUCUCUGAAGCAGUGGUGGACACGUUGGAGUCGGAGUACAACAGGAUUCCAGGUGUCCAGACAGUCAGCGUGGUCCUCAUUAAGAAGGUGAUAAGAGAUGAUGGCGUGGAUGUAUUUGUGGAGCUGGACGUGGGUUCAGACUACAACACCAAUGACGAACAGAUCCGCAGCGUGCUGUACAGUGUGGUGAAGGAGGGAGCCAUUGCUUCCUACGUAACAUCAGUCCAGGGCUUUCAGUUCAGAAGGCUUGGGGAAGCUCAACCUUUGCCUCCCGUGGACCCUAUAGCGGUGCCAGUAACCCCCAGCAUCAGACCCUGCAUGCCAGAUGAGCACAGGUGUGGUGAUGGGACAUGUAUCCUGAUGGAAUACCUGUGUGACAAUAGACCAGACUGCAGAGACAUGAGUGAUGAGAUCAACUGUGAUGUAAAACUGCCACCCCCGCCAGUCUUCACCACCACUCCCACCACAACCACCACCACCAAGAAGCCCCCACGGCCUCCCGGCCCACCCGGACCCUGUAGAGCAGACCAAGCCACAUGCCAGAGUGGAGAGUGUAUCCCUCGAGACUACAUCUGUGACGGAGAGAGGGACUGCUCAGACGGAAGUGACGAGUUCAGAUGUGGUACUCCAUCUCCCUGUGAACCCAAUGAGUUCAAGUGUAAAAAUGGUCGCUGUGCCCUCAAGCUUUGGCGUUGUGAUGGAGACAAUGACUGUGAGGAUAACUCAGAUGAAACAGACUGCCCCACCAAGGGUCCUGGUGACAGGUGUGCUCCUGAGCAGUUCGAAUGCCUGAGCGAUCGCACCUGCAUCCCAGCCAGUUACCAGUGUGAUGAAGAGCCAGACUGCCCUGACCGCUCCGAUGAGUAUGGCUGCACCCCUCCCUCUGUGACAAGCCCACCGGAAGAGUCCAUUCAGGCAGCACGGGGGGCGACAGUGACGUUCACCUGUCAGGCUGUUGGAGUGCCAACACCCAUUAUCACCUGGAGACUCAACUGGGGACACAUUCCUGUCAGCGGCAGGAUCUCCAUGACCAGUGAGAAUGGCCGCGGCACCCUCACCAUUCGUGACGUAAAGGAGGCAGAUCAGGGAGCCUACACCUGUGAGGCCAUCAAUGCUAAAGGCCUGGUGUUUGGUAUCCCUGACGGAGUGCUAACUCUCACAUCAAAUCCCAACCCAGGCAACUGUCCUGAUGGUCACUUCAGUGUGGAUGGCAGUUGUGUGUCCUGCUUCUGUGCUGGAAUCACCAAGAACUGCAAGAGCACUGGCCGCUACCGCAACCAGAUCAGCCUGCGUUUCACUGAGGAGGAAGACUUCAAAGGAGUGAAUGUCACAUACCCAUCCAGGCCAGGUACUCCUCCUCUCUCCUCCACUCAGCUCCUCAUUAACCCUGAAAUGGAAGAGUUUCAGCUCGUCGACCUAUCACGCCGUUUCCUCAACCUUGACUCUUUCUGGACUUUGCCUCGCCAGUUUCUGGGCAACAAGAUUGACUCCUACGGAGGAUCCCUAAAGUUCAAGGUGCGGUACACAUUGGCCCGCGGUCUGUCUGAGCCUGUGGAGAAGCCGGAUGUUAUACUGGUUGGAAAUGGCCGCCGACUUGUGUACCGCAGAGGCAGUGGCACUCCUGCCGUAGUGGUCAACCAGAAAGAGAUCAAAUUCACUGAAGAUAAAUGGCAGCACUCCAAUGGCCGCCCUGUGACCCGGGAGGAGCUCAUGAUGACACUGGCCAACUUGGACAGUAUUAAUGUGCGCACCAUCUACGACAACCACAUGGUCAGCGUGGCACUUAGUGACAUUGUCAUGGAUACCACCACUGUGGAGUUCAGCAUUCUGGGUCAUGCUAAGGACGUUGAAGAGUGCAGAUGUCCUCCUGGAUAUUCCGGCCUUUCCUGUGAGAUGUGUUCCUCUGGUUUUGAGCGUGUCCCUGGUGGCUCCUAUCUUGGCACCUGCGCUGGUUGUAACUGUAAUGGACAUGCCAGAGCCUGUGAUCCGAUCAGUGGACACUGUCUGAGCUGCCAGCACAACACAGAGGGUCCUCAGUGUGACAAGUGUCGCCCUGGUUACUUUGGUGACCCGAGUCGAGGUCGCCCCGAUGACUGUAAGCCCUGCCCCUGCCCUUACUCUGAGACCUCACGCCGGUUUUCUGACACCUGCUUCCUGGAUGUUGACCAGCAGCCAACAUGUGAUGCCUGCAGACCGGGCUACACAGGAAGACGCUGUGAAAAGUGUGCCCCUGGUUACCAGGGUAACCCCCUUCUGCCUAAUGGAAGAUGUUCUCCUAACCAAAGCUCCAAGUGUGAUAACAGAGGAACCCUCAGCUCCAGCAGCAGACCAUGCAGCUGCAAGAACAACGUGGCAGGCGCUCUGUGUGACGAGUGUAAGCCUGGAUUCUUCCAUCUGUCAGAGGCCAACCCUGAGGGCUGUCUGCGUUGUUUCUGUAUGGGCGUCACCAAACAGUGUGCCAGCUCCACUUGGAAUAGAGAUCAGGUGCGAGGAGGGGUGAAUGGGCAGCUCUUCUCCCUCUCCAACAGCGCCAACACUAGAACUAUCUCUGAAGGCAUCUCCCAGAGGGGCUUCUCUGAAGUUGUCUACCGCUCCUUCUCCAGUGUCCCCAAAGACACCUACUACUGGGUCCUGCCUGGGAGCUUUAGAGGAGAUAAGGUGACAGCCUAUGGCGGGGAGCUUCGCUACACAGUGCAGUUUUCACCGUAUCAGCGCUCACUGAUGAUUGUCGGUCAGCCAGAUGUGGUUCUCCAGGGCAAUGGCAUCUCCUUGGAACACUACUCCCAGACUAGGCCCCUCCCUCGUGUCCCACAAACUGUCACUGUGACCUUCAGAGAGUCUGCGUGGCGUCGCGCUGAUGGACAGCCAUGUACUCGUGAGCACCUCCUGAUGGCUCUGGCUGACGUUACUGCCUUCAUGAUCAGGGCCAGCUAUGCAGACAACAUGGACGAGAGCAGUAUCUCAGACAUCAAGAUGGACAUUGCUGUUCCUCACUCCACUGGUAAUGAGCGUGCUCUGGAGGUGGAAGAGUGUGCCUGCCCUCAGGGAUACAGAGGACCUUCUUGCCAGGAGUGUGAUGAAGGUUACACACGGACCAGCUCUGGCCUUUACCUGGGCACUUGUGAGAGGUGCGACUGCAAUGGUCAUGCUAGCAGCUGUGACCCAGAGACCGGCAGGUGUCUGCAAUGUCUCCAUAACACUGCCGGCCCAAGGUGUGAACGAUGUCAGACUGGUUUCUAUGGAAACCCUUUAACAGGUGGUGCUCAGGCCUGCCAGCCCUGCCCCUGUCCUGGAACUACAUCCAGCAACCAAUUCUCCCCAACCUGUUAUCUCGAGGCUGAUGGUCAGCCGACCUGUGACAGCUGUCCCCCGGGAUACACUGGCCGACGCUGUGAAAGAUGUGCAGCAGGAUACACUGGCAACCCACAGCGUGGGCAGAGAUGUACUGUUGGCAACAAUAAUGUCAAUGGUAACUGCUAUAACUGUGACCAAAGAGGAAGCGAAAGCUGCAACGGUGGCGUAUGCCAGUGCAAGAUGAAUGUUGAAGGCUCAUCAUGCUCCAGCUGUAAGCCUGGAACCUUCAAUCUUAGCAAGGCUAACAAAGAUGGCUGCCUGUCCUGUUUCUGUAUGGGCGUCACUCAGCAGUGCUCCAGCUCCACUUACUACAGAGAUCAGGUGUCCUCAGUCUUCUCUCCAGGGAAUUUCCAGGGAUUUGCUCUGGUGAACCGUCAGCGCACCAACCGCAUCACCACUGGUUUCACAGUGGAGGUUUCCACUGAAGGCACUCAGCUGUCCUACAGCAACUUUGACUACCUGGGACAGGAGCCUCAUUAUUGGCAGCUUCCAGGGGUCUACCAGGGAGACAAGAAAGAUUCUUUCUUUUCUCGUAUGAAACGAGCAGAACAGAGUGACUCGCACUUACCAGAGGAGCAGCUAAGGAAGGAUGUUUCCAUUUGGAACCUAAUGGCUUCAGAACGUAAAGACACCCACAGAUCCAAAAGAGCUAGCCAGGGUGAUGUCAGACAGCUGGAUGCAGAGGUCUGGGCACUUCUUUCUAACUUCUCCAAUGGACGAGCUGGUUCCCCUCCAUUCUUUCCCCCCUCCUUCUCUAAAUCCUCCUCCUCUUUCUCUUCCUCCUCCUCCUCCUCCUCUUCUUCUCGGGUCCCAACUUCCUCUUCUUCCUCUUCAUCCUCUCGAUGGUCUUUGCGUAACCUGAGCCCCCCUUCUCUUCCAUCUGGUAUCUCCUCUUCAGUGAGGCCAACCAGACCUCAACCCUACUCCCCAGGCCACUCUCCCCAUCUGCAGAGUAAGAACACAGUGAGCAAGACCUCUGCUAGUGCUUCUACGGAGAGCAGCAAGUACGCUCUGGUCUACAAAGGUUUCAGCUUGCAUCAAGAUGAUCUGCUCUACUGGCAGCUCCCAAUGCAGUUCACAGGGGAUAAGGUGGGUUCUUAUGGUGGUAAGCUCAAAUACACCAUCACCUAUGUGGCUGAUCAUAGAGGAUUGGAAAGCGGUGAUCCUGAAGUGCAGAUUAUUGGUAACGACAUCACUCUGGUAGCUGGAAUGUCCUGGAAGAGGAGGCUGGAUAGCAGCAGAAAAAAAGAGCAGUUUGAGGUUAUCUUCAGAGAGGAAAACUGGCGUCGUCCUGAUGGCAUGCCUGCAACCCGUGAGCACCUGAUGAUGGUUUUGGCUGAUCUGGAUGAUAUCCUUAUCCGUGCAUCCUACGCCACUGAUAUGCGAUCCUCCAGUAUCUCUGAUGUCAGCAUGGAAGUCGCAGUGCCCAACUACAGUGGCUUUGCCCAAGCCCUCGAGGUAGAGGAGUGUCGUUGCCCACCUGGAUACCAGGGACUCUCUUGCCAGGACUGUGCCCCAGGAUACACUCGCACUGGGGGAGGUUUAUACCUGGGUCAUUGUGAGCUCUGUGAAUGUAAUGGCCACUCUGACUCCUGCCACCCAGAGACUGGCGUCUGCACGAGCUGCCAGCAUAACACUCAGGGUGGGCUCUGUGAGCAGUGCGCCCCUGGCUUCUUUGGCGACCCCACUGUUGGCACUCCAGAGGACUGCCAGCCCUGCGCCUGCCCUCACACUGACCCUGACAACCAGUUCUCCCCUACUUGUGAGAGCCUUGGAAAUGGAGGCUACCAGUGCACUGCCUGUCAGCCUGGUUACACUGGCCAGUACUGUGAGCGUUGUGCUCCUGGAUAUGUUGGCAACCCACAGGAGAGAGAGAAGUGUCGUCCAUAUGAUGGCACGGCUGCAGCUUCCCUGGUGGUGAAGGUUUAUCCAGAGAGGGUCCUGGCAUCCCAGGGUGGCCCUGUCACUCUGCGGUGUCAGGUGUCUGGCUCUCCUCCGCACUAUUUCCACUGGUCCAGAGUGGAUGGACGGCCCAUCUCCAGCAGUGCUGACAGACGCAGACAGGGAGCAGAGCUGUACUUCCCCAGUGUCCAGCCGAGUGAUGCCGGCAUCUACGUCUGUACCUGCCGGGACCAGCGCAGCACCAACAGGAGCCGUGCUGAAAUAGUUGUCACAAGUGCCCCGUCCAAAGCCAUUGAGGUGACAGUUGAGGAGCCCAAAGCCCAGACUGUCAGGGUGGGGUCUACUGUCAGCUUCAUCUGUACUGCGAAGAGCAAGUCACCAGCCUACACCCUGGUGUGGACUCGAAUGGGUAAUGGGAAGCUUCCCAACCGUGCCAUGGACUUCAACGGCAUCCUGACAAUUCAGAACGUCCAGCCUGAGGAUGCAGGUGUCUACGUUUGCACGGGCUCCAACAUGUUUGCCAUGGAUGAAGGCAGUGCCAUCCUCUACGUGCCAGAGGCCUCACAGACUCAGAUGUUUUACACAGCCUAUGAAAUGUUUGAAGGACACAGAAAGCCUGGAGAGGCAGCUCAGCCUGUGGCCAGCAUUACUCCCUCAGUGCUGAAUGUCCAGCAAGGCCAGCGGGCAGAGUUUCGCUGCACAGUCACGGGGAACCCAACCCCUGCCAUCGAAUGGAUUGGAGGUCCAGGGAACAGAAUGAGUCCCAGAGCGGUGAUACGAGGUGGCAUACUGACCUUCUCAGCAGUGGACCCAGCUGAUGAGGGAGAAUACACCUGCAAGGCCCUGAACACUCAUGGCGAGCACACAGCACGGGUUUCCCUCUUUGUACAAAAAUCUAACCCAAGUGGCCUAGGCACUCAGCCCCAAGUCCAAGUCAGUCCCCAAAAUAUUGAAGUCCAUGAGGGUGACACCUUGAGGUUGUACUGCCGUGCAUCAGGAUCGCCCACCCCGAAGCUCACCUGGCUGAAAAAUGGAGGACAGAUCCCUCCACAGGCCAUUCCCUCUCACGGUUUCCAUCAGUUUAAAAGCAACAGUCUCGAUGUGUUACAGAGACGUAUUGAGGAGCUGCAGGCCCGCAUGGACCGCACCGACAUCGGCACCCUGCUGAUCCCCAACAUCAAGAUGUCCGACUCAGGCACUUACAUGUGUGUUGGCAGCAACAGAAUUGGCUCAAAUAGUGCUCCAAUUAAAGUGACAGUGCUCAAAGCGGACCAUAUUUCAUCAUCAGUGGUCAGCAUCCAGCCGUCUAUAGCUGAUGUCCAGGAGGGCCAGAGUCUGGAGCUCAACUGUUUUGCUCCUGGAAAUCCUCCUCCCCAAGUCACCUGGACGAGAGCCAGCGGACGCCUCUCCUCAAACCAUGAGGUUCUGGGCAGUCAGCUGCGUAUCCUGUCAGCCACUCCAGAGGACUCAGGAGAGUAUAUCUGCCGGGUGCAGGGCAACACUGGAAACCCAGGAACUCAUAUCCACCAGGCCUCUGUCUCUGUGUCUGUCACCUCGUCUUCUUCACGUCUUCAGAGUCCAAUCAUCGCCAUUGAGCCCCACAGUGCUGCAGUGCGUGUGGGGGAGUCAGCUAGCUUCAGGUGCAGGGUGUACAGUGGAGCCCAGCCUGUCAGACUGGAGUGGAAACUGGCCAGCAACCAGCCGCUGCCAGAUAACGUCAAAGUUAGCCCCGAUGGCUCUGUUAUUACCAUUACCAACGCUCGCCCUAUCAACCAUGGUGCCUACCGCUGUGUGGCAAGCAACCCAUUUGGCAUCACUCACACCAUUGUGUCUCUAAUUGUCAAAGAGUCUCCUGUGGCCACUGUCACUCCCGUUGGACCUGUGCGGGUAAGGGUCGGCGAACCAAUUAACCUGGAAUGCCAGGCAUCAGGAGAGCCACGUCCUUCAGUGUCAUGGCACAGGCUGGACAGCAACCGCAAGACCAUGCUGAGCAGCCCUGUGCCCAUGGAGUCUAAUGCAGUCAUGCAGAUUCUUGUGGCACGUCCAGAGGACAGUGGCACGUAUGUGUGCACAGCUCGCAACAAUGAGGGCUCUACUGAGACCAAGGUAGAGGUUGUUGUUGAGGGAGGUUCUCAAGUUCCAUCAGUGCCUAGGGCCUCUGUUCCUGAACCUCUGAUGGUAGUGGUGGAGGGACAGACUGUAACACUGCGCUGUGAGGCCCAUGGUUUCCCCUCACCAAAAAUCACCUGGUCCAAACUGCGGUCUCCUCUACCUUGGAGACACAAGGUAGUGAACAAUAGCUUGGUGCUGCCCAACGUGGGCCGGCAAGACUCCGGAGAGUACAUCUGCAGUGCCACCAACAACAUGGGCACCACUGAAGUCACCAUCAUGCUAGAUGUAGAAACUCCUCCUUAUGCCACUUCUGUGCCCGAUGAUGUGGCUGUGCGGGUUGGAGAGGUGAUCAGGUUGCAGUGCCUGGCCCAUGGCACUCCUCCUUUGACCUACAUUUGGACCAAGCUGGAUGGAGACAUGUCCCCGAGGGCUCAGGUCAGUGGAGGGGAUCUCCAGAUUAAUCUGGCAACGGCCGAGGAUGCUGGAAGCUACAAGUGCGUGGCCAGCAACAAAGUGGGCAACAGUGAAGUGGUCGCUAAAGUCACAGUCAGAUCACCUUUGGCAGUGCGUGUGUCACCCCAGGUUGAGGUAAAGGCCCAGGGCAGUGCUGUGGAGUUUACCUGUUCAGCAGCAGGUGGUAUAGAAACCAAAAUUGAGUGGCUGAAGGAAGGAGGUGCCCUGCCACCAAACCACCACAUCAAGGAUGGAGUGCUCAGGAUUGAGAACCUUGAGCAGAGCAAUGAAGGUGUUUAUAUCUGUAGAGCAAGCAGUGUGUAUGGUCAGGCCCAGGACACUGCCAGGCUGACCAUCCAAGCUCUUCCAAAGGUGAUGAUCAAUGUGCGCACCUCAGUGCAGACUGUGAUGAUCGGGAACUCUGUGGAGUUUGAGUGCCAGGCUGUAGGCGACCCAGAGCCCACAGUCAAAUGGAGUAAAGUUGGCGGGGCUUUGCCAGCUCACAUCAUGGUGAAGGGCGGCAUGCUGAGGAUAGACCAAGUGACGGAGGCCGAUGCUGGACAGUACCGCUGUACCGCCACCAAUGAUGUGGGCUCAGUACAGUCCCAAGUGGUCCUUAACGUCCAGUCUCUUCCUCAAAUCGCUGCACUGCCAGAAACUAAGGAGGUAACAGUCGGGUCUGAUGCAGUCUUGCCCUGUGUGGCCUCAGGAUAUCCUGUACCUGAGAUCAAAUGGUCCAAGCUGGGAGGAGAGCUUCCUCCUAAGUGUUUCCAAGAAGUCAACGUGCUAACAGUUCCUCACGUCACCCACGAGGAUUCUGGGACAUAUGUUUGCACAGCUUCAAACAAACAGGGCAAAGUGGAAGCCUUCACUACGCUUGAAGUUCAUGAGAGAGUGAUGCCAUACUUUGCCCAGGAACCCUUGUCCUACCUCACCCUGCCAACCAUCAAAAACGCCUACAAGGCUUUCAGCAUUAAGAUCAACUUCAGACCUGAUAAUGUUGAUGGUCUCAUAUUGUACGCUGGUAUGAUCCUCUACAAUGGGCAAAGGAGGACCACAGGAGCUGACUUUAUCUCUCUGGGACUUGUGGGCGGUCGCUUGGAGUUCAGGUUUGACGUGGGCUCCGGCAUGGCCACUAUACGUGACCCCAACCCCAUCAAACUGGGAGAGUUUCACACCGUUGAGCUGUAUCGCAACCACACCCUGGGCUAUAUCAUCGUAGACGGAGGAGAGCCCAUCAAUGGCAGCUCACAGGGGAAGUUCCAGGGCCUGGACCUGAAUGAGGAGCUGCAUGUGGGUGGUUACCCUAACUACACAGUCCUCGCCAAAACUGCUGGCAUUAAAACCGGGUUUGUUGGCUGUAUCCGUCAACUGGUCAUCCAGGGUGAGGAAGUCAUCUUCAAAGACCUUGACCGCAGCUCCACUGGUGUCACAAACUGUCCCACCUGCAAAGAUCACCCAUGCCAGAAUGGUGGCAGAUGCGAAGACUCAGAGGCCAGUUUGUAUAAGUGCAGCUGCCCCCGAGGAUUCACUGGCAGCAACUGCCAGCACCACUCAUCCCUGCACUGUCACUCAGAGGCCUGCGGACCAGACGCCACUUGCAUCAAUCGCCCGAAUGGUCUGGGGUACGACUGCCGCUGCCAUCUUGGCAAGUUUGGAAACAAAUGCAUGGAUGGAGAACUGGUGACCACGCCACUGUUUGAUGGGGAAGAGUCAUACAUAGCCUAUCCUCCCCUGACCAACAUCCACGAUGACCUGCGCGUUGAGCUGGAGUUCAAGCCACUGGAUAGAGAUGGCCUGAUGUUCUUCUGUGGUGGAAAGAAAAUGAAGGUGGAAGAUUUUGUAGCCAUCUCCAUGGUGGAAGGACAUGUGGAGUUCAGAUAUGAACUGGGGACAGGCCAAGCAAUCCUUCUCAGUCCUGAGCCAGUCACUCUGGGUCAGUGGCACAGAGUUGUAGCUGAGCGGAACAAGAAGGCCGGCCACCUUAGCGUCGACCAAGGCCCGGUGGAGAGGAAGAUGUCUCCAGGAAAAGCCCAGGGCCUCAAUAUCCACACCCCCAUGUACCUGGGAGGAGUCCACAAUAUGGACAUCCUGCCUAAGCCCGCCAAUGUCAGCCAGAUGUUUGAGGGAUGUAUAGGAGAGGUUUCCAUCAACAACAAGAAGGUGGAUCUGUCCUACAGCUUUACAGAAAGCAGAUCUAUCCGCAAGUGUGUGGACAACAGCCCCUGCGACCGCCGGCCCUGCCUGAACGGUGGUCACUGCAUGUCGAGUGCUGAGUAUGAGUACCAGUGCCUCUGUAAGGAUGGAUUUGAAGGUGAGCGUUGUGAGGUGGUGAAGGAUGUGUGCCAGAGCAACCUUCAGUGCCAGAAUGGUGGCAGCUGUAUCGACGGUCAGUGUGUAUGUACACCGGGGCACACUGGCUUGAACUGUGAAGAAAGCCAGGUUUCCAGCUUCCCAGAGGCCCAGUGGAAUUUGGAAUCUAGCGAGGCAAAUGAUUCACCCUACCAAUAUGCAGCUCAUUUCCACAAUAAUGGAUACAUUGCCCUUCCUAAAUCCAUUUUCCCAAGGAGUGCCCAUGACUCACCAGAGACCAUCGAACUAGAGAUCAACACUAGCUCCUCUGAGGGUCUGAUCCUGUGGCAGGGAGUGGAGACCAAUGGUGUACGCAAUUUGCGAAAGGUGCAUGCUAGUAAAAAGGAACCUGGAGAACAUGGUAAAGGCAAGGACUUCAUAAGCCUUGGUUUGCAGAAUGGACACCUUGUUUUCAGUUACCAGCUGGGCAGUGGAGAGGCAGAGAUCUUGUCCCAGAGAUCCAUCAAUGAUGGGAAAUGGCACAAGAUCACAGCAGUCAGAACUGGAAAAGAUGGAUAUAUCCAGAUUGAUGGAGGAGCCGCGCUACACGGACAAUCUAAAGGCAGAAGCCUCAUGGUCAACACCAAAGGAAGUAUAUACCUUGGUGGAGCCCCAGACAUGCCUGCGAUGACAGGAGGGAAGUUUUCAACGGGAAUGACGGGCUGCGUGAGGAACCUGACGCUGAUGAACGCCCGGCCGGGACAGCAGCCAGCCCAGGCCAUCGACCUGCAAGCCCACGCAGCCCACGGCAUCAAUGUUCAGCCGUGCUCUUCAUAGACCGCAGCACACAUGCAAACACACACACACACCCACACAGACACACACAUACACACGCAGAGACUAUGGAGUGAUGUCAUACACACAGACUCACGCAGAGAGACUUAUACACAUAGAGCCUGACAAACUUGGUGCUUUGCUGCUACCAAAAAAAAAAACAAAACAAAACAAGAUGACACAACAGGAUAUGUCUCUCUGUGUGCAGUAAAACCAAAAAAGAGAGAAAAAUUUAAAUGAUAUUAACAAGUCUUCUCUUCCUCAGUGUUGUAUUCUCAAUGAAGGACUAUUAACACAGGAGAACCAGUACAGUUUACAUACUUCCAGCAGUAGUUUUAGUCAUGAGAAGAGUAAGAGUAAAACAUAUUAGGCCUUCUACGAUGGGUCAGAUCCUAUGGAGUUGGAGAUGUUUUUACAGCACUGAAUUUUUAUUUAUAUACAUAUGAAUAUAUAUAUAUUAUAUUUGUGGGGGAAAACAUGCAAACUAACCAUAACUGCUCUUCAACUUUCCUAGAGUUUAUUCUGGGUUCUAAUACUGUGUGUCCAGGGCUUUUUAAUAGGCCUAACUGUAUUAAUACUUGAAGACGUUUAGGCCUUCUUUCUUCACUUCUGUAGAGGAACCUUUUUUUUUGCGCGAGCAUGCUUACGGUCUUUUGGGAGAUGAGCGCACACGGUCACGGUCACAUGCAGCUUCAGUACACAACUCAGGUCGUCAAAUACAAAUUAAUAACUGCAAAUGUUACAAAUACUGCUGCUUUAACUCGGCUGAAUUUAUUUUGCUUCUCAAGUCAUUCACAGCGCCGUUGUGUCUUCUGUGUCUGUAUUUGUUCUUUUUUUAUGAAAAAGAAAGAAACCUUGGUGCUAAUGUCAGACAUGAAGAUACAGCACAUAGUCACGGUUGCCUGUUGGUCACACGUAGAUGUGUUUGUUUUUUUUAGUGAUUUGGUUACUUAGAUUAAGAAAACUCUAAAGCAGUAUACACUAGUCUCACAUUUGUUAAUAUGCAUGGCAUUUGAGGUUGAUUUUAUGACGAUAUGGCAUGGUUUGUUGCCUCCACAGCCUUAUAUGAUUGAGUAGAUCUCAAAAAAGCAAGUUUUAAGAGCUGAAAAGGGUGUAAUUUUUUAUGUGUUGAGAUAUUGUUUUAUGUGUAAAACUGCCAGUCAGGUAGAUAGAUAUCUGUAUGAACUGAGAAUGAGUGUGUAUGCUAAGUAUAUUUGUUGGUUAUGUAUGUCUCAGCCCUUUCCAUUUCUCACAGGUCACUCGCCCCAAUGUGGAGACAAGUGUGUGUGUGUGUGUGUGUGUGUAUAUAUGUAUGUGUGUGCGUGUGUGCAUUUGUCAUUAUCCAUAUCCUCAGGAGGGUCAACCCAGAGCUGCCUCAAGAUAUGUUACUUCAUUUUCAGGUUUGGUAGCUUUAGUGAGGAUUCAGUAAGCUAUAAAACUCCGAAGGCUCCGUGGUUCUGUAGGUUGUUUUCUCUGCAGAGGGAGAUUCAUCUGCAGCAAACAAGCAGUAGGACACAGUUCUAAUAGAAGUGUUUAGUCAUGUGGAAAUGCAGUGGAAGCCUCCUGCAAGUGCUGCGACCAGUAGUGUAGCUCUGAUAAAGCAUGCUCGCCCGCCUUUAGUCAACCACACCACAACAACACCCAUGAUGGCACGAUCACUUUGGGGUUCACAAACCUUUUUUUUCUCAUUUUUGUAAGCUUAAAAUAUUUGUAUUAAUAUCCUAAAAGUGAGCACUAUCCUUUCACUUAGAGAUGCUUCAUUUUUAUUUAUUUUAUGUUUUUUUUGUUUUGUUUUCCUUUUCCCUUUUUUCAUCGCUUUUGUUUCGAGGCUUGAUUCUGCUGUUUUAGAACAAUCACAGAAGCUUGCUAUUUUCUUUCCUCUGGUUAUUGUGUAUUGCCUCCCACAUCCCCUUGUUUCCCCCUCAUGUUUGGAUAUGGCCCCCCAGGAAGUUCUUCAUAAAUCACCCCAAUAAAGUUCCAUGAAAGGUUGAUAUGUAAUACCUGUCUGGAGCUGCCUGAUCAAAUUGUAGGAAACUGGUCUUAUUAUUCACUCAAUGAAAAAAAAAGUCUUAGGCUCCAAAUAUAAUGAAUGGGUUAUUUAUUUACACAAAAUGGUGUCAUCACGAAUAAGUGGAUUGAAAAGAGUCAACCUGUGGUCCAUGUUUGGGACACUAAAGUAGAGUAUGACAGAGAGUGUGCUCCUCAUUGGGCACCUUUUGUGUAUCUGUUCUUAAACUGGAUUUUCCUAUAUACACUGUACACUGAUGCCUGACGCAAAGUUGUCAAGAAACUGCCACUGCUUUUUGUUUUGACGCCAUUACAAAAUAUGAAAGGUGCACUUUUAGUAGAGGUGGCAAUUUUUAUUUUAAUUAAAAAAAUAAUGUUUUACUGUUUCACUUUUGAAUGGCAGAACAAAGCGAAUAACGCGGUUAAAUGAAUGAAACUGUACCAGACGAAAUAUUGUCCAUGUCAGGACGACCUGACUGUUCCAUUUCCAGUGUUGAAAAGACACUCCCCUUGCCCUUGGUGUUUCUUAAUUAAAAACAAAAUUCAUGUGCUA